AAAAAAAAAGAAAAAAAAAAAGAAAAAAGCAUGGCGCCUUAGGUCACGGAGGUACCGAACGAGACAGCAGCGUGGAGGGGAGAAGUGGAAGGCUGGCAGAAUGGGCGCCGAGGUGGUGGCGCACAAGGUGUACUGUUAUCCCUUCCAGCAGGUGGUCAACACUUACCUCAACAAGUAUCCUACCCCUUUAGAGAAAAAUGUAACUGCAAUCACAACUGUGGAAGAGCAAAUAGAUCCAGCAACAGGCAUUGUUUAUAGGCGAAGAAUAGCAACCUGCAACAAUGUCGUUCCGUCCUUUCUGCGAAAGUGGAGCAUCCUUAAGAUAGCAAAUAUAUAUCUAGAAGAAGAGUCAUGGCUGGACAUGAAAACGCAUGUGAUGAAUCUAAAGAGUCGAUGCUUAACAUGGGCCCAAUAUGCAUCAAUGAGUGAAGAAUCUGUGUAUCGGGAAAGCAAACAUAAUUCCAAUUGGACCGAAUUCAGUCAGAAAGGGACCAUAUCAAUCACAGGUGCUGGAUACCUUAACUGUGUCUUUGAAAAAUUUGCACAGGCGUUUUUGAAACAAGGAGCUAAAAAGAGUAUUGCCGUCAUGGAAAAGAUCCUGGAGGAAAAAUAUGGCAACCCUGUUGCCUAACCUUGCACCUUGCUGAAUUGCAUCAUAACACAGAAAAGAGCCUUAAGGCUUUAUUGUUGCAGUAUUUUUCAAGGUUCAAAUGUUUUUUUAUUGCUAAAGUACUCAUAGAAUGAUUGAAGCAGUCAGUUUGCUAAAUUGGAUCCAUCACCUCUAACUUCAAAGCUACUUCCAUGUGAGAGCCUGCAAAUAAGGACCCUGGAAUGCAGUGGAAAUCUAAUUAUGUUGAAAUAUGUACUUCAGCCUCUACAUGUGUGUUGAGGGAAAUAAGAUGCAUUUAUGAAGAAGCGGAUUGAUGUAAGAAUGAAAAGCCUGUUAGCCGGCCUUCAGGAUGUCUAUUGCUGUUCAUUUUUACACCUAAAUACAUUCUAUUGAUGUAGCCAGCACCCAGUUUGCACUUGGUGUCUCUUCUGUUUGCAGAACUUAUUUAAAGCCACUGCGGCAGAUUUACAAUUGCUAUGUGCAUGAAUUAUGCCAUAAUUUGCUUAAAAACGCUGACUUGCACCACAUUUAUUUUGAGUGUUAAACACUUUUCCACCAGACAGGCAUGUAUUUGAUAAAAUGGGUGUGGCUGACCAUGCAACAUUAUGCAACAAUAAUGCAUUAGAAUUUUAACAAUUGGUUUACACUUAAUACUAGACAUCCUAAGAAUGCAACACAUUUAUUAAAUAGCAUGAGCCAUUGUGAUAAAUUUGGCACAUUCUUAGAUUAUCUGGUCUGGGUUUAUACAGUUUUAGUAAAUAUGGGCUACUGUGCUUCUGUUGAAAACAGGUUUUUAGUUGAGGGCAAGCGGGUACCAUUAGUUUGGAACAAUACUUCAGUAGUACAGAGUGGUUAUCAUUGUACAGUCUGAGCCAGCCUAUAUUUGUAUGUGAGGUGGAAGAUUGAAAUACUAAACAUGACUGUGAUGUAUGUCAGUGUUACCCAGCUUCUCAAAGCAUAACCUCAGAAACUCAUAGGAGAGGUGACAUUUAUUUUAUGUCAUUAUCAAAAUCUGUCAAUAUAGAGCCCUGCUGAAGAUCUGUUAGAAUAAUUGCACCUGUUAAAUGUGCAGACAAUUGGUGGGACAACCAUGACUUGUAAUUGUACUUGAAUGGCAGGUUACUUAAAGGAGUACUCUCAACACAACUCUCUUAUUUAAAUUAAUUUUUUCAUAAAAUUCUACUUUUGUUGUAAAUUAAAUUGAUUACAGAAAAUGUCUCUAUGCAAAGAUAUAUUCUUCCUACAUUGAGAUGACAGGUUAAGUUUAAAUGGUUGUCAAUGAAUGCAUCAACCUUUAGCUGUGGUAGAAAGGCAUUGACAGACAUCUUACUUCUUGGACCAACCCUAGCUGGGCUUAUGAAGAGUGAGCAUAUACCUUUUUAUGUGCAGUAGCUUCGACCUUGGCAAAAACAUUAGCGAAUAGAUUGUGACAGCCAUGGGUAUACAGAGAAGCUUGAAGCUGUACUUCUGGUGUGCAUUUUAGACCCAAUAAUGUGUCCAUGACUACAUAUUUGAGCAGGAUGACUCUAAGAUUCCCUAAAUUGCUAAGCUUGGCCGUUUUUUUUUAAUGCUUGUGCACCAACCAAGAAGUCGAACAGUGGCCAGGGAAGCAUUUAUGAUCUAACAUGAGCAUGGUAAAAAAAAAUAUUUAACUAAAUAAAUUCAAAAAGUAUUUUAAGUGGAACCUAUGCAACCCCUUUUAAUAUCCGAAUUCCACAGGAAGGAAGACAUAGGAACGCAUUAACACUGACAUGUAACACUGUCCAUGUUGUUUAAUAUCCCUUAUAGAAUGGAGCCUUCCAGAUUAAACUUGAAACUUUUUGUAUUCCUAUUUGCUUUUUAAUCCCCUACAUAUGUGACGAGUGACUUAUUCAAAUUUGUAAUAAACAUGCUCUUUUUCAUUUUCUGCCAUAAAACUGUAUAUUUGCCAUCUCUUAAUGUAACACAUUUUAUUUCUUGCCGAAGUGACCGCAUGGAGAUGCAUUUCAAACCUUUAAAAUACAAUAAAAAGAAUACUGAAUGGCAGAGUCUGAAAUUUUCAUCUUGCUGCAGUUAUGAGUAAAGAGAAGACUAAGUUCCUUCAGAAAAGAUUUGACACGGAACUUAUAUUUGGCCCUUCAGUGUACUUGGACUAAGUCCUCUCUCAACUGUAAAAUAGCUAAGAAUCCACUACUCUAGAGAUUUAUUACAGGAGCAAUGAGAUUGAAUCCAUCUACAAAACUGGAAGUUCCUCCUUGGCGCUUAAAUUUAGUCUUAGAAGCUUUCUCAGGACCACAUUCGAACCUCUGGAUGCUAUCUUAAUAAAUGCAUUUACUUUUAAAAUGUUCUUCCUCUUAGCGAUAACUACAUUUAGGAGAGUUGGGAAACUCCUACCCUGUUAGCAUUUCCUCCCUAUACCAAGAUUUUGGAUUAUAGGGAUGUAAUGCAGACCUUACCCUCCUUUCUUUUUAAGGACCAAGGACGUACCGGCGCCGCGCGCUAUUAACCCUUUAGCCGCGUGCUCAGAGCUGAGCCACGCGGCUAUAAGUGAAAGUGAAAACUGCCGGUUAGCUCAGUGGGCUGUUCGGGAUAGCCGCGGCGAAAUCGCGGCAUCCCGAACAGCUUGCAGGACAGCCGGAGGGUCCCUGCCUCCUCGUUGUCCGAUCGCCGAAUGACUGCUCAGUGCCUGAGAUCCAGGCAUGAGCAGUCAAGCGGCAGAAUCAUCGAUCACUGGUUUUCUAUGAGAAACUAGUGAUCAGUGUGAAAGAUCAGUGUGUGCAGUGUUAUAGGUCCCUAUGGGAGCUAUAACACUGCAAGAAAAAAGUGAAGAAAAAAAAUCCUAUCACCCCCCUUUUCCCAUAAAAAAAACACAUAUAUGGUAUCACCGCGUGCGGAAAUGUCCGAAUUAUAAAAAUAUAUCGUUAAUUAAACCGCUCGGUCAAUGGCGUACGCGCAAAAAAAUUCCAAAGUCCAAAAUAGUGCAUUUUUGGUCACUUUUUAUAUCAUUUAAAAAUAAAUAAAAAGCGAUCAAUAAGUCCUAUCAAUGCAAAAAUGGUACCAUUAAAAACUUCAGAUCACGGCGCAAAAAAUGAGCCCUCAUACUGCCCCAUAGACGGAAAAAUAAAAAGUUAUAGGGGUCAGAAGAUGACAAUUUUAAACGUAUUAAUUUUCCUGCAUGUAGUUAUGUGUUUUUCUAGAAGUACGACAAAAUCAAACCUAUAUAAGUAGGGUAUCAUUUUAAUCAUAUGGACCUACAGAAUAAAGAUAAGGUGUCAUUUUUACCGAAAAAUGUACUACGUAGAAACAGAAGCCCCCAAAAGUUACCAAACUGCGGGGUUUUUUUCAAUUUUGUCGCACAAUGAUUUUUUUUUCCGUUUCACCGUAGAUUUUUGGGCAAAAUGACUGUCAUUACAAAGUAGAAUUGGUGGCGCAAAAAAUAAGCAAUCAUAUGGAUUUUUAGGUGCAAAAUUGAAAGAGUUAUGAUUUUUUAAAGGCAAGGAGCAAAAAACGAAAAUGGAAAAAACCCCGGUCCUUAAGGGGUUAAAGGGGUAUUUGACGAUGCUACAGGGGUAUUUUUUAUUUGACGAUGCUACAGGGGCUUUAAAGUUAGUGUAGUUCAUAAUAUAGUGUCUGUUCCUGUGUGUGUAAUGGUUUUCUCACAAUUCUCAAGUGAUUUUCACCCCAAUAUUUAUUUUUAACAGCAUAUAAAAUGACUGUUGUCUCAGAUUUUUCCCAGGUUGCAAUGCGGCCGAGACCUGACUCACUAGUCAGCUGAUGACAGGGAGCCUGUCUGCCUCAAUGGAUGGAGUGAUUGCUUGGUGGGAGAGAGAUCAAUCUGCAACUAAUGCAACAGCUGUAGGCACCCUGUUUGAAAGCCACAGGUCUUUUGAAUGGAUGCAGCUCAUUUAUGUUUAAAUGGGUUGAUGUGUGGGAGGGAGGAAAAUAAAACCUUUAAAGUUCUCUUUGAAUUUCAUAAAUCACAACAGAUCAUUCUACCAUUUUUCUCUGAAAAGCCAGAGAAUGAAGGGAAGCAAGUGUUUCAUAAUCUUGAUUUAAGAUGCCUUCUAAAAUACUUGGGAAAAUGUGGCCUAUUGAUGUUAAAAUCAGGCUCUGCCAAUCAUUUUAUUCAAAUAAUUGAAUAACAGAGCUAUUCAAAAACUGUACAUAAUUGGUAUUGCCAAAGCUGUAACAUCCCCAACCUGUGAAAUGAAUAAUGAAGAUGCAACCACGCCAGGUGACAGAGUUAUCCACCAGUUCACAUUAUCGUGGUACUAUCACCGAUACUGCACAGGGAGCACUCCGUUUUUCUUCUUUAUUUUCAAACUGUGAAAUGAAUGUUAUACAUCCCGCUGGAUAGACAAAUAGGCCAUAAUAACAUUGUUUAAAAUUAAUUUCCAUUCCAAAAUAAGGAACAUAGUUUAAACAAUCAAGUAGUUCUAUGCUCCGAAAAUGGUAUAACUUGUCCUUCCAUCUAGUGUGCAAAAGCUGCAAUAUAAGUUGAGUGCCAUAAAAACAAAACCCAAAAAAUUACAAAAUAAUUUCUUUCUAUUCCUCCUAGAAAAAAAAAUGUUUUUUCCAAACUUUUUAUUAAUACCUUUGUAUGGUGGGAUUUAGAAAAUAUCAAUUUCACAUUGAACAGGCCUUUAUAUAGUUAUGUUGCUAAACGAUUACAAUGGGGUGGUGGAAAAAAACAAGGAGUCCUUAGAACUUGAAUUUUCUGCUAAAUACUAAACUUGUAUCUGUACAUGUUUACUUAUUUUUUUACAAUCUGCAACUAUACUGCACUUUAUAAGAAGUUGUUAAAGACAUUGCGCAGAAUUACAGAACAAUGGCGAAAAGAAUAAGGAUAAAAAUAAAGAGAUGUGUAAAACAAUAAUCUUAGAAACUGAUCACAAUGGAAAGGGAAUAAACGACUUCACCUUCACUUACAUUAUGCUUACUGUAUAACAUAUUGAUUUGUUUGGUAGAAAUUUAACAUUUUCCAAAAUGUCGAUUUAUCAGUCGGCAUAUAAUGUGUUAUUGUGACCCAUGCUAAUGGAAAUUACUAGUACACUUUUCAUACAUUAAGUGGCUCCUAUGAAAUCGACCUUAAUGUAUAAAAGCAGAUAGUUAAUAAAUCAGGAAACAUUUCUAACACAGGACAAAUGAAUGUCAACUCAGGUAUAUCAUUUUAAUGUCUUUUAUAUGAAACCACUGAUCAGAUCCUUAGUGGUUGUGCUUUAUAUUCUUUGGCAAUAUGUUACAUUCUAUGGUACCAUGUGGUGAAGUUUUGUAUAAUAAUUUAUUAACACUUAUGUAAACUGACAACAGAAGGGAUGGUUUACUUUUUGUGACCCCUAGCUAAAUACUGGUGAACUGCAUCAAGUCCCUACGGGCUCCUUUACAGAUGGUCAUUUUAUUCCUGUGCUUUCAAAUGCUAACUAAAAAAUGCUGCAAGCUAUCACCAUUUUUCAUGGCAUCUUUUACAAGGUUGUGAUGUUUUUAUAUUGUAACAUUUAAAACUAUGAUUUUUAUUUCUGGCGAUUUUGAAAUCCUAAAUGGAAGACUAUAUGGGUAUGUUUUUGUCUUUUUUUUUUUUUCUUGUAUUUUUCCCCAGAGCAUGCUAUAGUUUGAAAAAACAAUGUAGACUCUAUGCUAUAGACUUUGAAGCAGUAGAUCUCAGUGUGCUUCCAAAGCUACAAUCACCAGCCUGUCUGGGCAUGCUGGAAGUUGUAGUAUUGCAACAGCUGUAAUCACAUUGGUUAAGAAAUCUUGCUUUAUAGCAACAUUUGUCUGCAGCAUUCUUGGCAAAAGACACAAAAAAAUAUAAAUUUAAGUGCUACCAUUCAUUUUAGGCCUAGUUAGACCCCUCUCCAGGGUCUGGGAGCUUAAUUGACAGACUGACCUUGUUUAAAAAAUAAACUAGGGGUCUCAGUGGUCACAUAGGCACUGAUUAUGCAUUUAUAGCAGUAUACCACAAAGACCCUUUAUAGGGAGUCUGUGAUUGACAGCUCUAGCAGUCUCCUGAUCAGACACUAGAGCUUUCACUCAGAACUGAGAGGUGAGGCAGUGCUUCCUUACAAUACAGAGGGCUCGGGGUACUCCACUGGCCAGCGUUCGGAACAUUUCGUUCCGAGCGCUGUGUGUGCGCUGCAGGGGUUGGCCACACCCCCUCGUGCCAUCAGUCCACGCAUUGAGGGGGCAUGGUCUGAUGGCACGAGGGGGUGUGGCCGCCCCCCCGCAGCGUGUGCACAGCAUUCGGAAUGAAAUGUUCCGAGCGCUGGCCAGUGGAGUUCCCCUUUUACUCAGAGUCCAUCUCCUGGCACUUGCAAAGUGGAAGCCAGAACAUCAAACUACAUAGGUCUCGGUCAUGCAGGUUAGAUGACUUAACAUAAGGUGUCAUUAAACUCCCUUCCUUGCUUUCUGUAUAGGGUACUCAGAUUAUCUUUAAAACUUUACUGUUAUUUAAAAAAUAUCAGAUGGGGUCUCAGUGCUGUAAGACCCCCCCCCCCCCCCCCAAUCUCUAUAUUUAGCUGGGAGAAGCAUGUGGCAUAUAAGGGCCCAUUCAAACUAUUUAUUUUCAAUUUGGAAAAUAAGUUUCAGCAGCCUCCCAUUGUUCCCAAUGGGAUUCUGCUACACCAUUUAAACUACAGAAUUUCUUUAUUGGAUGUUCCCCUGCAGAAAUUCCAUUCCCCAGACUUAUGUUCAUUCUUUUCACUCUGAAAUGCAUUGCUGUAUGUAGAGAUGGCAUAUCUCCGAGCAGUCCUACCUCCGACUUAUUUUGUCAAUGCUGGGCGGAUAUUACAUAGUGUGAUUGAGCCCUAAGUCUUUGGAGCCUGACUCAUUCAAUCAAAUGGCAGUGAAGCUCAUGCCAUCUAGAGAGCUAGACCAAAUUAUGUUUUAAUGUGCUUACAUACACCAAAUAACUUUUAUAAUAUUGUGACAACAUAUGUUAUGUAUAGUAGCUCCUAAAAUGUCUAUAAAGUACAUAUUCUACACAUAGUAACGUGUUGUAUGUCCAGACUAUGUCCUGUAAUUAAUGUCAAAUAAAUAUUAAAGAGAUGCUUUUA